GGCCCAAACAGUCUCCCCUCAGCUCAACUAGUCCUCUCUUCCCGUUUCCUCUGAAACUUCGCUGGCAAUUUUUUAGAGAGAGAAAGCAAGAGACGAACACCAUCCCCUCCCUCUGUCCCUCUCCACCCCCCGCUCUCUCUCCCUCCCUCCCUCCCUCCCUCUCUCUCUCUCUCCCCUUCUCUCUCGCUCUCUCCCCCUAUCUCUCUCGUUCUUCUACAUGUGUAUAUAUAACUAAUAGCUAUAUGCGCACAUACAUACAUAGCGUAGAGAAAAAAAUGGAUAACGGUGGGAACAAUCUGGCAAAUAAUUUAUCCGGAUUGGCUCUUAACGAUCCAGUGAACAAAGACAGUUUGUUUCAAGUCAUGAAGGCAGUUGAAGCCGCUGAGGUCACGAUUAAGCAACAGGUGGAAGAAAAUAAUCGUCUAAGGUCUGAACUGCUGAAGAAGAAUCAUGAACUUGAGAAAUUUAAAGUUGAUGACUAUAAAACUCGAAAUCCCUAUUCCGAAAAUAAUUGGAAUGGAAAUUCUCCUGGACGUCCGAACGCUCAUCAAUCAGCUUCUGUUUCGACAAAUGAAGUAGUUGGAAAUUGUAGUGCGUACUCUCCAUCCCAUACAUCAACUACAGGGGAAGAGGGCAGUCGAAAUGUCAAGGAUCCUAUGAUGCAAAAUAACGGAACAGUUAAAAUUGCUGGUAGUCAGACAAUACCAGAUAAUACUGGCAUCCCUCGUUCAUCCCCAUUAACAUCACUUUCUUCUAGCAGGUACCACAUUGAAGGAGAGGUUUCUCCACAAUUUAAUUUAUCUGCACAUAGGCUGAUGCCACUGACUGAUGUAAAUGGAUCUGGCACCCUGAAGCAGGAAUUGGUUGUCAAGUUUCGUGAACAUGAAGAAGAGAUUAUGCAACUAAGGAGACAUCUUGCUGACUAUUCAGUUAAGGAAACAAAAUUGCUAAACGAAAAGUAUGUCCUGGAGAAGCAAAUUGCCAAUUUACGUCUGGUAUUUGAUCAGCAGCAACAGGAUCUCGUUGACGCUGAAUCUAGAGCUAUCGAGUACAGGCAAUACAUAAUGGAAGAAAAUAUUCGUCUUUCGUAUGCAUUACAGGAAGCACAACAAGAAAGGUCAACGUUUAUAUCUUUAUUAAUGCCCAUUCUUGCAGAGCAUGGCUUUCAGCCACAAGUUGCGGAUGCCCAAUCUAUUGUUAGUAGUGUCAAGGUUCUGUUCAAACAUUUUCAGGAAAAGCUUAAUUACACAGAGGCAAAAUUAAAAGAGUCUCAGUAUCAAAUUACUCCGUGGCAGUCUGAUAUGAACCUCAUGAGUUCUGCUCAAUCACCAUCCCGUCCUUUGGGGAAUAUUGGGCUGGAAUUAGUGCCUCAACCAAUCUAUGCUAAUGGAAAGUCUAAGACAUUGUCUGAUCCUGUAAAUACUAGUGAUCUGGAUAUACUGGCCCGUCAUCAGAGUGUUUUAGGAGGAGGUACUGCAAACAACUUGGAAAUAGAUGAUUUUGGGGUGUAUUCACCUAUUGCAAGCAGGAAUAUCGCUUCGCAGAGUAUACCUGCACAGUCUGCUUUGAGUCGAGAGGAUUCACAUCCACAAAGUGGUGAAACCCCCUCAAAUAAACAAGUCAAAUUUAGUGAUAAUGUCAGCAGAAUUGAGAUGGAUGAUUCAGAUAUGGACGGGAACCAAAUUGUUACAGAUCCUUCUGCUGAUUGGGCUUCUAAGAGUUCACCUUAUGCAGCAGAUGAUCCCAGCCCGUCGUAUUCUCCUUAUCUACCUCCGGUGUUUGAAGAGCCUUCUUCCUCCUUCUCUGAGGCUGCCGAUGAUGACCCUUUACCUGCAGUGGAGAGCCUUCAGAUUUCAGGGGAAGCUUAUCCAGGACGGGAACUUCAAGCUAGCGGAUACUCUAUAAAUGGAACUACAAGUUGUAAUUUUGAGUGGGUACGACAUCUGGAAGACGGAUCUGUUAGAUAUAUCGAAGGGGCAAAGCAGCCAAACUACCUUGUAAGUGCAGAUGACAUUGAUACAUAUCUUGCCAUUGAAGUCCAGCCUAUGGAUGACAGGAAGAGAAAGGGUGAGCUCGUAAAGGUCUUUGCUAACGAGCACAGGAAGAUUACUUGUGAACCUGAAAUGCAGAAUGUUAUAAAGAAAACCCUACAUAUUGGUCAUGCUACAUAUCCGGUGUCUCUGCUGGUGGAAGAUAGUGACAUGUGGGAGUCAGCAACUUUGCUUGUUAAGAGGGAUGGCUUUAGCAUCAAAGUCAAGGGUACUGAGACCAGUAUUGGUUCAGUGAGCGAGAAGUUUUCACCAGCCAUUACUGUUUCUAUUCCAUGUGGUAGUCCUACCGAAUUCUCAAUAUUUGGCUCUAGUGGGGUCGAACACAUUUUGAGGACGGAGGAAAGUUCAGCAGAUAUUGCAUGUUCAAGAGACGCAAUUGUUCUGACCUUGCGGCAAUUUACUAAAAAGGCUGGUGACAAAAAGAAAAAGAAAGGUCUUUUUUUCAGCAAGUGAUGCUGAAGCUCGUCCCAUGCAGAUAAAUUUCAUGUUACAGUUGUACAGUCUAUAUAUCAGUAGUUGGUAAGGAGUUUUGUACUAGGUGUACAUUCUCUAUGUAUUAUUUUGUCGUAGUGAGGAUAUAGAAGAUCUAAAACAAGGGCGGACGUAUUAGUCAUUAUUUUCACUCUUCUUUUAAAUAAAAAAGGCCGCCCUUAAUCUGCUUCA